CAUCUACGAUCCAGACAGGUAGACACCUGCUUCCGCUCCACAAGCCCUACCCAGGUGUCAAUUUAAAAAAAAAAAAAAAACAACAAUAACGACUGCCAUUACACAGACUAGAAAGAGAUUAUGGUAACCAGUGAAAACCGAAAGACUACGCCUUUUCUCACGCAAAGUUUACGCCCUUUCUCGCUGUCCAACCUAUAGCUCCGCAACUUCUGCCUAUUCAUCAUUUCAGGGUGGCCAUUAUGGCGAGGGCACCUGUUCGUUUUUGGUCAAGUACGACUUGCAAAAUGACUUACUACUUCUCUGGCAUCAUCUUCGUUUUUUUAACGGUAUUCUUCCAGUCUGUGGAACCUUGCCUUCCUCGGUCCAUACAGGCAUCGGUUCCCCGGGUUGUGAUGGUCGGACAUGUCAUUUCAAGAGUUAACCUGGACGGGUGUGGCACCGCAAGGCUGACCUCCGACGACCCGAGGUUCUCCAUCCAGACGGACGGCAGCGUCGUCGCCCGCCAGUUCAUUAGAGUUCCGCCGGAAGGCAGGAGGUUCCCCGUAUGGUUCCAGGAUCAAAAUGGCCUCCGAAGGAAAAUGGCCGUAGACCUGUCUCCGAGAGCUCGGGAGGUUGGACUGAGGGAGCAGAGGAGUGGAUCACACAGACGGUUUAAGAGACGCUGGAGCCCCCCGCCCUUCAUCAUACCAGAAAACGAUAGGCCUCCUUUUCCAAAAGAUCUAGACUUGAUUGGAUCAGAUACCUCCCAAAAUUACUCGUUGUAUUACGUGAUCUCCGGGCCAGGGGUGACGGAGUACCCAGAAGGUGUGUUCUCCGUGGUUAGGCUGACAGGAAUGCUGAAAGUUCACAAGCCUGUCGACCGGGAACAAUUUCCUGUAUUCAAGUUCCGAGCCAGGGCGAUAAACCAGCAGACCCACGUCGACACGGACGAGCCUCUCAUCGUGACCGUUAACGUGCAGGACGUGAACGACAACGCACCCCAGUUCUCGGGACCGCUGCAGUUCGCCGUUCCGGAGAAGAGCCCGGGAGGCACAGAAAUUGGAACGGUGCUUGCCACGGACGCAGAUGAUCCUGAGACGGAUCACACUAAGAUCAGGUACACCCUUCUCUCUGGAACUGACCUGUUCAACAUAAACCCUACCUCUGGACUGAUCACCACAAGGACUGCCACCCUGGACAGAGAGGCAAAGGACACACACCUCGUUACCGUGGAAAUAAAAGACAAGAACGGUGACAUCACAGGCCUCGCCACUACCGGGACCGCCACCAUUUCGCUGAAGGACAUAAACGACAACCCUCCCACAUUCAAGAGUAAAGUUCACAGUGCAAAAGUAAAGGAAAACGAAGGCGGUGCCUUGAUUCUCCGAAUUCCAGUGGAGGACAAAGAUUUGGAGAAAACGCCCAACUGGAAGGCUGUGUUCAAGAUCGUAAAUGGCAAUGAAAAUGGCAAUUUUAGGAUUGAAACAGACCCUGUAACUAACGAAGGUCUUUUAUAUGUUGCCAAGCCGUUGGACUAUGAGAAGAACAAGCAGGUGACGCUGAAGGUGAGGGCCGAGAAUGAGGCUCCGCUUGCAGGGACCACGGAUACCUGGGCCACCGCCCCGGUGGACGUGACUGUAGAGAACGUAGACGAGGGCCCGGAGUUCGUCCCGCCGGUCCUGGUCCGAUGGAUCAAAGAGAACGUCGCCAAUGGCACGGUCAUCGGCACCUACACGGCAAUCGACCCGGAGACCAGCAGCAGCGCAGGCAUGAGGUACGAGAAGGUGUCGGAUCCAGCCUCGUGGAUCACGGUGGAUGGAAAAACCGGAGAUCUGAAGAUCGCUAACACGGUGGACAGGGAGUCGGAAUUUGUGCAGAACGGCAUGUACAACAUCACCGUCAAAGCCAUCGACGCCAGCUCCAAGUCGGGCACGGGGACGGUGAUCAUCCACGUGCAGGACGAGAACGACAACGUGCCCAAGCCCGUGGGGACCGAGCUGCUCAUCUGCGAGAAGAAAGGGCAGCUGGGCUCCGUGCUGGUCGCAGCCGAAGACAAGGACCAGAAACCGUUCUCCGACCCCUUCACCUUUAACCUUCCACAGGGGAAUGAUGGGAAAUGGACAAUAACAAGAGUAGAUGGCAAGUCGGCGAUGCUCCAGCAGGCCAAGGAGCUCCCCACGGGCAAUUACAAGGUUCCCGUGGUGAUCAAGGACCAGCAGAGCUCGGGGGGCGUGCAGACGAUCACCGUCCGGGUCUGCCAGUGCGUCAAUGGGAAGUGCCCCGACCCCCUGAAGUCGUCGGCGCUGGGCGUGUGGGGCAUCCUCGCCCUGCUCUUCGGCCUGGCACUGCUGCUGCUGCUCGCCGUGUGCUGCGCGAUGCGAUGCUCGAAUAAAGCGGAGAAGUUUGAGAUGGUGGACGGCAUGGAUGGCGGUGGAAUGCUGCUCACGUCCAACACCGAGGCCCCUGGAGAUGCGGUGAUGCCUGAUGUCAUGCCAAUGCCCAUAUCUGCCAACGACCAAUCAGUCAAGGGCUCCUUAAUGGGGGGCAGUCAUGCGGAACUGGGCGGCUUUUCUGGCACUGGCAUACAGUUACCGUACAGCCCUGAAGAGUACGGGCCUAUAUUGACGUAUCCCGGGCAUAUUGAAAAAAACGUAAUGACGGAGAACCGCAAUUCGUUCGGCAGAAGCAUCUACAGAGCCGGCGGCUCCUCCUCUCACCUCGUUGACGGGCACGGGCACGGGCAAGGGCACGGGCACAACUUCAUGGACCCAUCCUCUCUGAGCACAUGGAACACGAACGGCAUGACCAUACGUCAGAAGCUGGACUUCUUCCGAACUGAAGAGGACGGGCGCUACGCUGACGACCUGCUCCACUCAUACGGGUUCGAGGGGGAGGGCUCCCCCGCUGGCUCGGUGGGGUGCUGCAGUGAGCAGGGGGGCGAGGAAGGUCUGGAGUUCCUCGACAACCUGGGACCCAAAUUCAGAAACCUGGCGGAGGUCUGCCGUAAGAAAUGAGAGGGGCCUCCUACAGUCCCAGACGGAGAUCGCUAGAGCGCAUUUUUCAGAGGGGAGCUCCACCCAGAAAUCACGGUUUACUACUGUAUGUUGAGUCUUACCCCAGAUCACUUGGUGUGACCUGUAUUUCAUGUUUCAAAGCCAAAUCGUUCACCUUUGUCUGCAAAAGACCGUUUGAAGUAAUGAAGCCACUUAGCACAUCCUUCUCUUAUCCUUGAAGUUAAGGGAGACACUCUUUUGACUUUGCGGAUACUGUAUAUUGGUGACAAAUCUGUCGUUUUUUCAGUUUUUCUGAAGUUACAAUCACAAUAUUCAAGUAUGAAGGUUUGGAGUUUUUUUUUUUUUUGGUUUCACCUGAAGCUACAGCCUCCACUAAAUCCUCUGAAUACUUUCUACAAUGGUGGAAAGAAAAGGUGUCAUCACCCAGGCAACAUCACUGUGUGGGGAGGACUUAUGUUCAUGAUCUUUAUUGUGGGCCAAAGUAUUACUGUUUAUGUCACACAUUAGAAAUGAGACAGGUUAUUUAUUCUUGAGGUAAGAACCAGCAUGUUCAAAAAUGUUUUUCUUUUUUUUUUUUUGGCUUGAGUUCACCUUAAAAGCCAAAGGGUAUGGGGUAGAGACGUUGGCUUGAACUAAAUGGUUCUUUUGGCACUGAUGGGGAAUGGUGGUGCACAAGCACUAGAAAGUAACAUUCAUGGCAGUUUUUGAUUUCAUUUUUUUAAAUUUUAGAAUCUACAUUUGUAUUGAAAUUGCAAUGUGUGUGUUGCUGUGUGUUGUUUUGAAUGCACUAAGGUGUAAGAAUGUUUGUGGCUGUUUCUAAAAUUUGCAAUGAGUUAAUUUUCUAAUUAUUUGUGAAGAUCAGUGAACAAAGCACUGGACUUUCCCAUUUUCCACUGGGCAAUUAAGAAAAUGGAUGUAGCUAAUUGAGUUUUUAGUUAGUUUUAAAUUGUGAUCAUGUGACAUCACAAGAAAACAAUUAUUGUUUUUUAUGUAGAAGGUUCCAGCCAGGGUAUUAAGGCAGUAUUACUUUUCUGUCUUAUCCUGUUCAUACAAGAUGCAUAAACAUAUUAGUAAAUAAAUAAAACAUACAAAGACCCUGUUUUAAAGGGAAUUAGAAUGACAGAACCAUUAAACUGUCAAAAGCUCUCCGCAUUGAAUGCAAUGAUCCUUACAUGUGUAUGUGCACUAAAACUGCCUGUUUUUUGUUUUUGUUAUACAUCAAGUUUCUGAGAUUGUACAGUAUCCACCGUUGUAAAUACAAUGAAGAUAUUUUGAAAUAGUGGGGUUGGAUGAGGUUAACAGGAACAGCAUGUCAGUAAUUAUGUGGAAUUUCAAAAGUGCUGACAUUAUAAAACACUCACAGAUACCAGACACACCAAGGACUUUAACCUGUUCUUUUUUAACAUCUUACCUAUUUAUAAUGUCUGGUUAAAAUUGAUUUAUUAAAAUGAAUUUGUUUUUCAGA